GCCCCGAGCUUCGGAGCAAGCUUUAGAGCUGGCAGAGCUGGGUUUCGAAACGUCAGCGCCUUGGGCGCUUUGCCAGCGGCACCUGAAGCUGGGCACCGUCGUCUGGCGGCGAGCUCUUUUCUCGCCAGGCUUCUGUGGCAAACUUGGCGCGCUCGCGUUCGCCAAAUUCGCCGGGUCGCUGUGCAAGCUGAUGCCAGAGGCGAUGGAGUGGAGGAUGUGGAGGCUGCGGAGGCUGCGGAGAGCGGGGCCAAGAAGAACAUGGAGAGAGGCAAGGCCAAGGCUACGCAAGCUUUCCUGGGUGCUCCUGUCCUCCAGGCCUGGGAGGUUCGGCACCGGCCCUCCGCCAUUGCACAGGCGGCAGCGCGAGCACGCGCGAUUCAUCCACCGCAGGUCUCUGAGGCAUCGGAGGGCCACCAGGAGCAAGCGAGAAAGGAUGAUGUGGAGGUGGUGCCUGAUACAGUUCCUGGCGCCUCGAAAGCCAACUUCUCUCGCAUCUAUGCACGUGAGGAAUGGGGUGCCAGCGCCCGUUCAGGGCUGGGCUCACGCGAGGAGACAACGCGCGAGUUUCGAGCCUUCUUAGAGAGAUUCCUUCAACAGCAGUGCAUCCAUUCCGUUGUCGACGCAGGUUGUGGGCAUUGGCCUUCUGGAUAUCAGAGGUUCAUGAAAUGGCAGGGUGUGCAUUACACGGGCGUAGAUGUGGUGCCCUACGUCGUCCAAGAGAACACUGAAUACUUUCAGGACGGUGCGCGGCUCGCGUCCCAUGAGCUGUCCAGCGCUCGUUCGAUCUGUGGCGAUGUUUCUGAGCGGCUCCCACCAGCGGACCUGCUACUGGUGAAGGACGGAGCCUGA